UCAAGAUACUGAAUGAUGAAAUGCAAUGCAAUAUCAUCAAGAUUGGAAACCUUGUUCGCAAUAAGGAAAGAUUUGUUAAGCGUAGGCAACAUCUUGUGGGCCCCAACUCUUCCACUCUAAAGGCACUUGAAAUUUUGACAGGAUGCUAUACUCUUGUUCAGGGGAACACUGUUACUGCUAUGGGUUCAUUUAAAGGUCUAAAACAAGUCCGAAGGGUGGUGGAAGACUGUAUACAGAAUAAAAUGCAUCCAGUAUAUCAUGUCAAGGUGAAUAGGCCGGCAUUCUUUGAUUCUACUCUAGCAAAACUGCAUUCUUUAAUGGUUGUAGAUCUGUUGAUUCUCCUUUUUCCUUUCAAGAGUAGACCUUAAUGAU